UUUCUUUUUGUCCUUUUCAACAAGUGAAGGGGCUAGCUGCUUGAUAUAUAUACACACACGAAGUUCUCGCAAUUGGUCAAUUGCCAAACGCCCUGUAACUAGGAACCAAGAACCGAGCUGAGUCCAGUCGGGAAUGGGAGUCUUAGAAGUCAAUGCGAUGAGCGCCAUGAUGAGGCCGGUGCUGCACUUGAUGGUCGGGCUGGUGCUCUACGGGGUCGCCGAGGAGAUGACUGUGCCGGCGCUCGUCGACAAGGUCACCGCCGCGCUCUGCCACGCCGACGAAGGGUCAUGCCCGGAGGCCAUCUACCUCACCGGCAUCCAAUCUUCGGCAGGAGGGAUUUUCAGGACGAUAGGACUCACUCUGACGGGGCAGCUAGCUGAUGAAUAUGGUCGGAAGCCUCUCCUCCUUCUAACUGCCUCCACUUCCAUCAUCCCUUUUGCUGUGCUUGCAUGGAAUAAUUCAAGGACUGCUGUGUAUGUCUACCUUGUUCUGCGUACCCUCUCAUUCAUGAUUGGCCAAGGAACCAUAUUCUGCCUCUCUAUUGCAUACACGGCAGAUGCAGUAGAACCAUCAAGGAGGGCAGCUGCAUUUGGUUUCAUGACUGGAAUUUUCACUGCCUCACACACUUUGGGCAGUGUGUUUUCAAGGUUUCUGCCUGAGAGGUGGAUUUUUCAGGUCUCAAUUGUCUUGUUGAUCUGUUCUGUCCUCUACAUGAAAAUAUAUUUGGUUGAGACAGUUCAAAGACUUCCCUCUACACCAUCUCAGCAUUCCUCGAUUACAUCUUUGCUUGCCGAACUACCAAAACAACGGUGGGAAUCUAUCAAGGAGAAUAUUAGCAUUGUCAAAAACAGUGAAACACUUAGGCGGAUCUCAUAUGUUGCUUUCUUCUAUAAAUUGGGCAUGAUUGCCAUUAGCGACGUCCUAAUGUAUUACCUAAAGUCAGUAUUUGGCUUUGACAAGAAUCAGUUCUCAGAAAUUCUAAUGGUGGUAGGCGUUGGUUCGAUCUUUUCUCAGAUUUUGGUCCUCCCCUUUCUUAGCCACAUAGUUGGUGAAAAAGGCGUCUUAUGUAUUUCAAUACUCGCCUCCAUUGCUUAUGCCUUUCUUUAUGGUGUUGCAUGGGCUUCAUGGGUAUGUGUGCAAUCAAAUAAAUUUACCUUAUGUUCUCAACUUAUUUGCUACUCAAAGGAAAAGUACUGCAUAUUGUUGGGCUUACUACUAGGUGCAGUUACAGAAGUUUGUUUCAUUUACUCUCCAUUUAUCCUGCAGGUUCCAUAUUUCAGCUCUUCAUUGGGUGUCGUCCAUGUUCUUGCCAGACCCGCAAUAUAUGCAAUCAUUUCUGGGGAAGUACUCUCGACUGAUCAGGGAAAAGCGCAAGGUUUUAUUGAAACAGUGCAAUCUGUAGCUAUAUUGUUGGCACCUCUAUUCAUGAGUCCACUAACCUCUUACUUCAUUUCAGAGGAAGCUCCCUUCGAUUGCCCAGGUUUCAGUUUUAUUGUGGCUGGUUUUUUCUUGGCAAUCUCCUUUUGCCUUGCUUGGACACUUAAUCCUGAAAGCAAGGACGACAAAUGCAGAAAACUUGUUGUUUCUGAUGAAGAAGCAGCACAAGCACCGCUACUGGCUCAUCAUCAUCCCAAACCAUGAGCCCAUGAAACUGAAAAAAAAAUACUACCAACUUUAACAUAGUAUUAGUAUAACACUUUCUGUGUACAUACAUCGGAAGUCAAAUGAGAACUUGCAGUGAGCCAUUGGUCAAGUAAUCUUGAGUUCCUGCUCCGAAAUUUAGCUCCACACUAGUACAGGCAAGCGAACUGCAUGUAAAGUCGUGUUUGUAGCAGUUGUAAUGGUGACAUAUAUAGAUAACUGAGGUGGAAGUUAUAUAUUUGCUCGCGUUUGGUUUUCCUCUCAA